GUUUUCAUCCAGCAAAUAGCUAUCUUUCGACAUCGGCCAGGGUAAGCCGGGAAACAUGAAUCCAAUGAAACGGCCAGAUGAAUUCGAAAUGUUCCACCAGCGUCGCAAAAGGCCGCCGUUGGCUGAGGUAGGAAAUACGAAUACAACGCCUCACCGGCCAUUGCGGCCGAUCAAUCACAAUAGGCAAAACACAGUCUCCAGCAGCAAGGACCUGCGGAGUAAUGAAACCCUCAAGAAUAUCAAUAUUUUCUCUUUGCGGGACAAGCAUUUCUCUUUCAAGCCGCCCGCAGGUUCGAAGGCCCUCCACGGAAACAAAGAAAAUUUGCAUCCGCUCAGUUUCACCUCCACAAGUCCUGGCCCCGGUUCGUUGUCAGAUAACUCAAAGAUGCUCCAGAAAGCCCGUGAAAUGUAUAGAAGAAAAGAGGUCAGUCGAAAAGAACGAGAAAAUCUCACUGGGCUUGAAAGAACCACUCGGCAAUCUCCGCUGUCGAUUCCACUAACGCGGAUUGGUCACUUGCUCUCGGGAAGAAAACUGUUUCCUCUGGCAACCGAAUCACAUCUGCAAACCACUUCAGUAAUGCCCUCAAUCAGGUAUUGGCUAGACGCUCCUCAAUUGAAUAAGCCAAGCUUCCAUUAUAGGUUCAUGCAGAGCCUCGUGGAUUACAACAGCCAUGUAGAACAGAGCAAUCUGGCGAUUCGUUCCCUCCUUGUCCUGGCCAAAUUCGCCGAUUCGACAACCAAUCGAAAAAUACAGGCAGAUGAACCUGUUGGCUCUCGUUACGGUCAAGACUCUCUGUGCUCACUAACUGACGACAUGAACUGGGUUGCUCUUUCCCGAGUCACAGAGCUAAGCCCAUUUCUUUUAGCGGCGACUACUUCUGAGGGUGAAGACAUCCUCCUAAUGAAUACCCAUGAGGCUGACAUAACUGCAGGCAGCAAGAUCAGUCUUGAGGAUUGUUAUACAUAUGACUUGAGUGGGGUACCAACAAAAGCGUACUACAAGUGGCAACUUCUUCAUUGAAACAUACGAUGGAAGGAACAUGCAUGACAGUGUAGAAUUCAAAGCCAGCUUUAAGAGAAUACCUACUCAGCCACUCUCGUCAUACUUUAGUUAGAGACAUGGGUAAAAUGCUCAUAUUUACGAAGUAUCUCCUCGAGUCACGUUUUUCUCACAAUCAAACGUCUGUGGAAAAGCUUCUGAAUCCAGGCCCGACCGAUGUCAAAUCCUAGCAUUCUAUUACCAUUGCUUCGUUUCUGGUACUUGCUUUUCUUUUUUGAUCUAAGUCAUGCUUUCAUGAACUGGCCGCCACUAAAUGAACCGAUUCGAUAUUGAACCUAUGUCAUCACCCAACACCUGACCUGGGUUUGAAGGCAACCUCUUAUACUACCAGAUUACUUAUCAACCUUGUAUAUUUUAUCAGGUUUUAUACAAAUAUUUAUACAUUAGUGAAUUAGAAUACAACAAAAGAA